AUGGCCGCCUUUCAACCGCAAACGAUGCAUCAGCCGGGUAUGAAUCCUCACGGGCAUCCCGGCCUCCCGCCGCAGCACAUGGGUCAUCAGAUGAUGCAGCCGGGCGUUUCUGGUCCGGGACAAUCGCAGAUGAGCCAGGCAGGAGCGAUGAUGGGAAUGCCCGGGGUGAGCGGACAAAUGACUGGGUUGCCGCAAGGGCAGCAUCCGGGUAUGCCACAAGGACAAAGCAUGGGCGGUCAGGGUAUGCCGGCAGGAAUGCCGAAUCAACAGGCCAUGAGCCACAUGAGCGUUCAGCAGCAGCAACAAAUACUGGCUCAGCAACAGCAGCAUAUGCAGCAACAAAUGCAGAACCCUCAGAUGGCGCAACAGCGGCAACAGAUGCAGCAGAUGCAACAAAUGCAGCAGAUGAUGGCGAUGCGUCAAGCUCAGCUAGGACAACAGCAAGCCAAUGGUGGGAUGAAUAUGGCCGCAGGCAUGCCAAACAUGACGCAGCAGCAGCUUGCUAUUCUGCAGCAACAACAGCAGCAGCAGCAACAGCAACAGCAGCAGCAACAGAAUAAUGGAGGCCAUCCUGGAGGUAUGGUGAAUCUCACACCUCACUUGCAACAACAAAUGAUGCAGCAGCGGUUUGCUCAGCACCAAGCGCAACAACAGCAGGCCCAGCAAGCUCAGCAACACCAACAGGCCCAGCUGCAGCAGCAACAGCAACAACAGCAGCAGCAGCAGCAGCAACACCAAGCACAACAGCAGCAGCUUCAGAUGCAGCACGGAAACUCCCAACAAAGUAAUCCAGGUCAAUCUGGCCCUCCUACUUCACAAGGACAACCCGGCCAACCUCCUCAGAUGCGACCACAAUCCCGAACACAGAACGACCAACAAACGCCCGUGCCUCAACAAGCACAACCACAACCUCCGCAAGAAGGCCCGCCACAACAUGGAACGCCACAACAAAACCAGCAGGGCAAUCAACCAUCUACGCAGCAGCAAGCUAUGAGCCAGCGGCAGCAACAGCAAAUGAUGCAGCAGCAACAGCGGAUGAACCAGCAACGUGCGCAACAGAUGCAGGCUCGUCAAUUACAAAUGGCGCAGCAGAAUGCAUCGCAGGCUCAAGCGCAAGUUCAGGGCCAACAGCAACAAUCGCCCCAGCAGCCUCAGCCUGGUGCACUGAUACUGAAGCUGAAUCAACUAUGCGACCAUCUAAGCAACUUCGAUGCAACAACGGGGAAGAAUCUCGAGCUCUGGAGCGACUUCACCGACAAAUUCUUCGCCCCGGAGGGUCGGUUAUUGCACAGCUUCAACGACGACCCGAGUCCUGGCAGCAAGUCUAAAGUGUAUGAGGUACUACGACAAACCAUCCACCGAUACUUCUGGACGUACUUCGAUCAAGGCGCGUUGUCAUUACGAUUACAUACCGAACAUGCACGAGAAAUGCCCAUGAUGAAUGGACGCCAGAACGUAUCGUGCUCGAGCGCCACGCUGACCGUCACGUUCCCCGGCGCAAGACUAGAAAUGACGGGCAGUCUAAAUGCAUGGUUCUCCCAUUCCACGCAGAACUUUGACGUCCUGGAGAUCCAGCAAACGAGUACCGAGGAGACGAUCUCCCGAGCCGAAAUCGAAAGGGUCCUAACGAACUGGUCGCCUCAAAUGGACACCAAGUCGCCCAAAAUGGCCAAGAACAAGAUCCCGAAGGCGCAGCAGAAACUGCAGCAGCAGAUGGACCGGCUCAGUAUCAAUGAUUUCCGUUUGGUACCGCGCGGGACAAUGGGUGUGACGUCUCGGGUGCAGCAAUUUCUUGAGCUCGGCGAAGCGAUGACGAUCAUGGCCCCGUUGAUGCAAUUUUCGCAGGAGAAGAAGUUGAGGCCCGAGGAGGCGGUGGAGUUGUGGACGGCGGAGAAUGAGGUGUUGCAGCAGCAGCAGCAGCAGAUACAGCUUCAGCAGGGGCAGCAGCAGAGUUUGACGCCGCAGAUUCAAUUCCCGGUGGCUAAUGGGGUCCCGGUCGGGGGGAGGACGCCGAGUAUGGGGAAUAUGGCUAUGCCCAACAACGGCCAAGGACAGGCACAAUUCGCCAGCCCAGCCCUCUCACACAUGGGCUUGCCCAUGCAAAACGGUGUCAUGGGCGGCGGCUCCCCACACAUCUCCCACCAAGGCCACCCAGGCGGCGCACCAGGCCUCCAACCCCCACAACCGCCCCAAAACAUGGCCCUCAACAUGCUCACCCAGCAAGUCGGCCCUUCGCAUACUCCCUCCCCGCGACAGGGCAAUAUGGCCGCCCCGCAGAUGCUGCCGCAGCAUAGUGCGCAUGGGACGAAUUCGAGCCAGGCGAGCGCGAAUACGAGUCCGCAGGUUAGUAAUAAGAGAAGGCGGAGUAUGGUUAAGGCUGAGGAGGAAGGUGGGGGUGAGGGGCAGGGGCAGGGUGGUGGGGGAGGCGCACAGGGGAGGGUGAAACCUAGUCCGCGGGGUGGGAAGAAGGGGAAGCCGGGGGGUGGAUGA